GUUUCUUGACUUUUGUAAAUGAUGAAGAAAUCCUAAGUAAUUGGGAAGAUACAUUGUUAACUGACUGUUUUCCUUCAAUUGAGUUCUUUAGAAAGCUAAGAUUAUUAGUUGUCUUUAAUUGAUAGCAUGCAGUUUGGUCAAUAUAAUUGCUCUUUGAUGGAUAGAAUGAUGUAUAUUCUUAAGUUAGUUUAGGUCAAUUACACUUGUUUGUUUUUUCCAUUAUGCAAUUGAAUUUUGCAACCAUUUUUAGAGUAAAAGAGUAGAGGGAUAUGGCUAUGGGGUUGGCAUCAUCACCCUUGUUUUCGGCUCUAACCUUACUUACAAGGCAGCUCUACCAUCACCACCCUCACUUGUUUUCAACUUUUGCUUCUCCUCAGCUUCCCUUUUCUUUAUUGUCCAGAGAAUCUGCAAUUUCAAAUCCUCGCCUGCCCUCGUUAUGUUUUAUAAAAUCUACGGCUUGUAAAGCAUCUCGCAGCCCAAUGGAAGUUGAAGACGGUAUAAAUGAUGAGGCUUGUGAGCUAGUCAAUGGAGUUGAGAUUUCGAUAGGGGAGGGAGAUGACAGUAUCCUUGCUUGUCUUUUCACGGCAGUGAAGAACAACAAUGGAACCGGCAUCUUGCUCUUGUCCGAUAUCUUAGGAUUUGAGGAUUCAUCCACUAGAGAUUUUGCAUAUCGUGUUGCUUGCAACAGUUACAAGUAUGUUUCCUGAUUUUUAGACAUCAUGUGUGAAAAUACAUUUGUACUACACUACAACUACCAAAGACACUUGUAUUAGAUGAUGUUUGAUA